GCCGGCUCGACUUGGCCAACGUUCCAGCCGACCCCGCCGCCCGGUCGCUCUCGCUGCCAUUGCCGGGUAGAGACGAGGUUGGCCGACGCCUGCUCCCGCUCCCGCUCCCUCUGCGUAUCUCCAUGGGCCAAGGACAGAGUCUGUCCGCCCCUCCGGCGGAGGAGCUUACUCCGCCCGCCGCGGAGCCGUCCUCUCCUUCUCCUGCCUCGGCGUCCUCCUCCCUCGAGGCGCUCGCCGCAGAGGCCAUGUCAUUUGAUGAGGGUGAUACUGAGGAGUCAAUUGAUGAGAAGGUACAAAAAGCUCUGGAGUGUCCAUGUGUUGCUGAUUUGAAAAAUGGUCCUUGUGGAGGCUCAUUUGUCGAUGCAUUUUCCUGCUUCCUUAGGAGCACAGAAGAAGAGAAGGGGUCAGAUUGUGUGAACCCCUUUAUCGCACUGCAGGACUGCAUCAAAGCAAAUCCAGAGGCAUUUUCUAAGGAGAUUUUGGAGGAAGAGGAGAAUGAUGAGGAAGCGGAGGAUUCCAACCUGAAAGUUAGAGCCCCAGCAUGGUCUAGAGAACCCAAACCCAAGGCUUGAGAUUGCAUGGCAUUAACUGAUGAUACUGAGAUUCAUCCAGUUCACAGACUUCUCCUUAUUUCUCUGAUAAGUUCUUCAGUAGACAGCAGUAGAUUGAUUUCAGAGCGCAAAGAGCCAAAGAGGCAUCCGAAAUCCAUCCGCAGAGAUAUGCAUACUUUGUGUGGUACAAAUGCCCUGAAGUAUCUUUUUUAGAAUAUACACGUUAUUUCGACUGGGACCAACAAAAUUGUAAUCUAAAUAACUGGGAGUUGGGAUUUGGAGUGCCAUGGGAACCAUACGAGCAAGUAAAAUUUCAUGACGAAUCAGUUUCCAUGACA